UCAAAUUUGGAUCCAAAAUCAGCUAGUACUGACUAUGGAUUGAUUCACUUGAUCAUAUAAUGAAUAUGGGUAUACCCUAAAUAUCUCUCAUUUUCAUACUCUCCUCCAAUUCCAAACCCUAUCCGAUCUGAAUCUAUUGUUGGCUCUAUCAAUGGACAUCCAGACUGAUGAUGAUCCUACAGAUGUAGAGAGAAAGCGGGGCAAGACAAUUCAACAAGCAUCCACAGUGGACAACAACGACGAUGACUGUGAUUCUAUCAAUCUCGCAGCCUCCCUGCCAGAAAUCAUUACCGAAAUCCUAAUCAAACUUCCAGUCAAAACCCUCCUCCAAUUUAAGUCUGUCUGCAAAUCCUGGCGUGUUUUGAUAUCCGAUCCUGUAUUCUGUAAGGCCCAUCUGAAAGCUUCCAUCCAAAACAAUGAUUAUGCACACCAUAGACUUAUUAUGAGCUCAGUUCGUCCUCAUUUUGAUGUGAAAUCAUGUUCUUUGUCAUCUGUUUUGCAUGGAGAAUCUCCUAUUAGUAUACAUGCUCUCGAUUAUCCAAUGAAACACCCACACCGAUCUGUUUGGAUUGUGGGUUCUGUGAAUGGGUUGGUUUGUAUUGCUAUAGAUGAAGCUGAUGUAUUUUUAUGGAACCCAUCUACUAGGAAAUCUAAGAGACUACCUCAUUCCGGUGUUAGAAAGCGUAGAGGUCAAUACACUAUAUAUGGGUUUGGCUAUGAUGAAUCUAGUUUUGAGUAUAAGGUGGUGGUUAUUUACUGUGUAGUAGGUAACCAAGGCUCUUACGAAACUGAAGUGAAGAUUUAUGGGUUAAAGAGUGAUUCAUGGAGGAGUAUUGGGGAUUUCACUAAAGGCACUCCUUUGGAUGAUUCGGGAAAGUUUGUAAGUGGUUCACUUCACUGGGCAGCAAGUAGUGAAAUGGGGCUAAACUAUUCUUGGAAUAUAGUCUCUUUUGAUUUGGCGAAAGAAACCUAUUCUGAAAUCUCGCAACCCUAUUAUGGAGAGGGGGUUUCGGAUUCAAUGCUAGGUGUUUUAAAUGGAUGCCUAGGUCUGCUAUGUAACUUUGGAGGGAUAAAAGCUGAUGUAUGGGUGAUGAAGGAGCAUGGAAAAGUAGAGUCUUGGUCUAAGUUGUUUUCAAUACCUUAUCUAAAUGAGCCAGAGACUUUCCAGUAUUCUGCACCCUUGUUUAUUUCCAGGAAGAAUGAAGUGCUUUUGGUGUUUGGAUCGCGAUUGGUGUUGUAUAACAUUGAGAGCAAUAUCGUUAGUUAUCCUGUAGUUCAAAAUUUCAGCUAUUGCCUUGAAGUAGACACUUAUAUUGAGAGCCUGGUCUCGCCAUAUCCUGAAUUUCUGCAAUAGAUCAGUUCUUGUUUAGAUGAUGAUCAUGGGUACUUGGAUACUUUAGGGGUGAGUAAACCAUUGUUUGAUCCGUGAAUUAAUCUAAUCAGUUGUAUUCUAAGUUUCUAACCCAUAUGAACCCAAAUAAUUGAAAUAGGCAUAAGAGGUGGAAGGGAUGGGGAUUAUUGCUCACCCCUGGAUAGAUACUACUUUUAUAUUUUCUUUCGCCAAUUUUAUAUGUUGAAAUCCCAAAUAAUCUGGUAUUUUUUAUUUCUAUAGAUCAUAAUGUUUUGCUGCUUACUGUCAAAUUGUAGCAAAUUGACUUGGUUUUUUUCAGCUAAAGAAGGGUCUCUACUUCUCCUUGUGACAUUUAUUAUAGACUAAUUUGCAACACUUAUUACAUAUAAUAGAUGAGUUAAGCUCAUGAAAGCUCACAAAAUGGGUUUUUUCUUAUUUGUAGGUCUAUUCAUUCAUAAACAAAUAAGAAGUGUUAUUUGUAAAUGAUUUCAUUCCAAAUCUUUUGCUUGGUUUUAGCUCAAAAUCAAUAUCAGUUGGCUUAAAAGAAGUAUGAUUCAUCAUGGAUAGUAGUAUGAUCUUAAAAUUCUUAUUUUAUCUGUAAUGAUUUUCGCUUACACUAUGUGUGGCGUUCUUUUGACCACGCAGAAGAGUGAAUGUUGAAUAAAGUUCGGAUCUAAUGAAGAAGGAGAUAUGAAGAAGGAGAAGAAGACAAGUGAAGAUGAAUCAGCAU